UGUUCUCAUUUUCUCCGACCGAGACCGAUUUUCUUCAGAUGGCGCGCUGUCCAGCCUCGUAAGUGUUCGCUUGGAAUCUGCAGAUCUUCCACUUUAUGGGAUCGUCUGUGUGUGCGACCUCCUGUAUAUAAGAAGCUCACCAGGGGGCUUGUCCCUCUCGCUUCCAUCAUCACUUGUCCCCACAAAUUCCCUUUCUUCCUAAAUGUCUGCCUCUGUUCACGAAAAGCCACUAUCACCGGAACAUGAGGAGAGUUCCGAUCAGCUUGAGCCUGUCGACCCUCCAAAGGAAGGCGAGCUUACUUCACGUCUCGCCGCCGCGUACCAGUAUGGACGGCCAGAUCCGUUCGGAAAAGGCUAUCUGCGAAUGUAUCUCUUCUGCUCUCUAGUGUAUCUCUGUUCUACAAUGAACGGGUUUGAUGGUUCCCUCAUGGGAUCGAUUAAUGCUCUGCCCAAUUACACGAACUACUAUGGUUUGCCAUCCUCUGGAAACUCCUCAACCGGCAUUGUCUUUGCUAUCUUCUUCGUCGGGCAAAUGGUCGGUGCUUUGUUCAUUUGGUUGGCCGAUUGGCGUGGCCGGCGCCUUCCAAUCUUUUUGGGCUGUAUUGGCGUCUUAAUCGGCACAAUCGUCACAUCUACUGCGAAAACACUGGGCGUUUUCGUUGGUGGUCGCUUCCUGCUCUCUUUCUUCGCUACAUGGGCCACAACUUCAGCACCUUUAUACAUGAUCGAGAUGGCGCCCCCAUUAUAUCGUGGAGUCAUUGCAGGACUAUAUAACACAUUAUGGUAUAUGGGAUCGAUCAUUGCGACGUCCGCCGUCUACGGUGCUCAUCUCCAUCUCUCGUGGGAUGGCGAAUUAGAUUGGCGUCUACCCCUCUGGCUUCAAAUGCUCUGCCCCGCCAUUGUAGCGAUAUUUAUUUGGCUUUGUCCCGAGUCCCCUCGAUGGUUGAUUGGAGCUGGCCGUUCAGAAGAGGCACGACAGAUCUUGGUAAAAUACCAUGCCAAUGGUGACGAAAAUCAUCCCCUUGUGGCCCUGGAAAUGGAUGAGAUGACCGAAUCGCUUAAGCACAAUCCGAUGACGAGCUGGCGAAACUUCUUCGACCUAAGAGUGCUGGUAAAGACAAAGGGCAGACGCUACCGUCUCCUCCUCGAUAUUGCCUUCAGCUGGUUCGGGCAAUUUUCUGGGAACAACAUCAUUUCUUACUACCUUCCGCACCUGCUCGAUAAUGUUGGUAUCACCGACGUCAACACUCAGCUUCUUCUCAAUAUUAUUUACGCCAUAAUUGGAUGGGUGUUUGCUGCCGCUGGAACCCGUUUCCACGAUGUGUUUGGGCGUCGCACAAUGUUCCUUGGUAGCAUUGCCGGCAUGAUCGUUUGCCUUGCAAUCACUGCUGGCACUGCGGCUGGUUAUGUUCAUACAGGCAGCCAGCAGUCAUCAGACGCCUCGAUUGCCUUCAUUUUCAUAUUUGGAGCCGUAUUUGCCUUGGCAUUUACUUCCAUGCAACCAAUUUACCCUGGGGAAGUCUUGUCCAACGACAUGCGUGCAAAGGGCAUGGGUAUUUUCCAGCUAACUGCUGGCGUGGCCAGCUUUGUCAACACUUUCGCCGCUCCAGUAGCGCUCAACAACAUUGGGUAUUGGUUCUAUGUAUUCUUUGUCUUCUGGGACUGCUUUGAAUGGAUUAUCGUCUACUUCUUCUUUGUUGAGACCAAAGGUCGCACUCUUGAAGAGCUCGACGAGAUCUUCGAGUCGGACAAUCCUUGCAAAGCGAGCCUUAAGCCCAUCGACAUUCCUAUUUCCGACGAGAAGGCAAAUCGUGUCUAGGACUGUUUGAUAAUGAUAGGACUUUGUAUUACAGUUACGAAUAGCUCAUACGCGAAACGGAAUGUCAUGAAUUUCUG